AUGGUAUAUAUUUCAAAGACAGAUUAAAUACUCGUUUGGAAUAUAGAAUAAGUUAUUUUAGCUAAUCCUUAUAAUCUAGAUAUAGAAAACUAAAUAAAACUUAAAUACAUUUAAAAAAUAAAUUUGAUAGAAAACACUGAUUUUGCAAUUGUUACUUGCAUAAUAGAGCUAUUCAUUAUUAACUAAAGUACUUUAUAAAUACAAAAAAUAAUAGAUAUAGAUGUAUUUGGUUAUAUAUAAGGUUAUAUCAAUGCAUUUUCAAAAUAUAUAGCAUUUUCAAAUCAAUAAAAUUCUUUGCUAGUUUCUACUACUAAAGGAAUAUAGGUGUGGACAUUAAAUUUAAAUACAUUUGAUCAUGAGUAUUAUGGAUAUAUACCAUCAACCUUGAUGGAUCCCUCUCAAAAUUAAAUAAAAUAAUUUAUCAAGCAUCCAAAUUAUGAUAUAAUUAUUUGUGGCGGUUAGUAUGUUGGAAUAUAGUUUAUUUAAAUUUUAAAUGCUCAGCAGUUAAGUUUCUAUUAGGUAUUUGCUAAUAGAUUUUUGCCUAGUUAAUAUUCUUGGAUAAGUGUAAAGGACAUUAUAUUUAUUCCUAAAGAUUCUAAUAAUAAAAACUCUUAAGAUUUAAUUCUUUACAAUUUUUAAUAUGGGAUAUUUUAGUUUUCAGCUGAUUUUUCAAUCAAUUCAAACAAUCUUAUCUAAAUAGCAAAUAUACACACCUAAUUCAUAAAUUAUUCUGGGCUAGGCUGGUUUUAUAUUCCUUAAUAUUAGCUUAUUGCAAGUGGAUAUUAUUAUAGUGCCUACUUAUAUAAUAUAUCACAGCAAACAGUUACUUAAAUGCUUUAAUAAGCAGGUGAUGGAAACAAUAAAAGAUUCAUGAUAACAUAUUAAAGCUAAGAUUAUCAAGUAUAUAUAAAUCCAAAUGGUUUUUAUGUGGCAGAUAGAAAUUAUAUUGGGAGAAAAGUAAUGUAAAAAAAUAACCCACCAUUUCCAUAUUUAUAAAAUAUGGGAAGUUUCUUAUCUGUAAAAUAUUGUCCAUUGUGCUUUUUCAUAAUUUGUAAUUAAUCAGGUAACUUAUAUGAUGCAGCAAACUUAUACUUCGCUGUAACAACAGCUUUCCCAAUUAGCUCUACUUACUAGUAUAUUUCCUUAAAAUAAUAUAACAUUUCAAGAAACACAAUGCCACUUAAUUUAGAUCCUUUUUAUUAUGAAAAUGCUGUAUGGGUCACUGUUGGGAUUUAUUAUACUUCAAAUAACUCAGGUUGUAUUUUUUUACUAUUAAAUGUAUAUGACUAAAAUACAUAUUUCUGUUUAAAAUCCCCUAAUCCUAGCGAUAACUCACUUGAAUCAGUAUAUGCUAUUUCUUCUCUUGAAGAUAUUUCUAAUUAGGAAAUAGUGGGAAUAACGAGAAAAGGUAUAGUGUUUAGAUGGAAUAUUAAAACAAAAGAAUAUAAAGAAUAAAUUUUGAUAGACCGUUGCUUAGAUUCUUAAAUGGGUAACAUAUAUCAUCACGUAUAAGAUGACAAAUCUAUUUAAAAGUACUUUUUUGCAGUCUGUGAAACUUUUUAUACAGUCGUGUUAAAUUUAUAAACAAAAUAAUCAAUCAUACUUGAUAAUCCUAUGAGAUCUUUGAGUAAAACAAUGUCAAUGUUUGAAUCAAUAGGGUUAGUUGCGAUUGGAUCUAAUAAUGGCUUGACAUACUUAUAUAGAUAUGACACUAAAAAUUAGAAAUUUUAUUUAUUUAUGGAAUUAGGAGCAAAUAAACUAUUAGAGCAAGUUUUAUUUGUCACACUAAUUCCCAAAAAUAUAUUAUGGAUUUAAUACUAAUUUAGAGAUUUAUACUACAGCAUUGACUAAUGUUUACAAAAUGUCAAUGAUUGCCUAAAUUGCUCCUUUGAUUUUUACUUUCAAACAACAGAAACCUUGCAAGGAACUAAUUAUUAUGGAGCGGGAACACAAGACGUUUCUUUUACUAGUUCUAAUCAUUUACUUACAGCUAUAUUAAAAGCAUAAUAAUACAUAAAUACGGUUAAAGGAGUUGUAAAUAUUGAAACCAAUAUCAAUAUAUCAACAAGCAAUCCCUUCUAGUUGAAAGAAGAGUUCUUAAAUUUCAAUUUUAAUCAACAGAUUUCAUUAUCAAUAAAAAGUACUACUUAAGGCUAAAUGGCUUAAGUUUUUACUUAUAACGAACUUAGCUUUACAAACUAUAAUUCAGUCAGCAUGAAAGAUAUUGAUUUUAUUUUUGAUUUGAAAAAUUAUUAAUAGGCUACCUGUGGUUUUUCUUUUAAUAAUCUUACUUCAAUAGUGAUAGAUAAUAUAUCCUCUACAGGAUAAAAUAUGCCAAAUACUCUAAAUUGUUAUCUUUUUACUGUGAUGAAUAGUAAUCUUUAGCUUUAUAACUAUACGCUUCAAAAUAAGAAUUUAGCAUAUAUAACAAAUCUCAUCAGUAUUUAUAAUUCAAAAUAAAUAAUUAUUUAGAAUCUUGUAAUUGAUAACUGCUAAUUAGAUCCUGGUUUUAGCAUAUUAAAUUCCUAGAGUGAUGUUUUCUUUACAGGAAGUCACAUAAAUAUAACAAAUAAUCAACCAUCAUAAAAUAUUUAAAAUUAAAGCAUUUCUUCUUUAUUUUAAGCAGGUUAAUUCAAUAUUACAGAUAUAAACAUAAAUUAAAAUAUUUUAAUUAAUAUCAAGAUUUUUUCUGCAAUGCCAUCUUUAUCACAAUAAAAUUACAGUUUUUCAAUUCAAAACAUUAAUAUGGCACAAAACAUUUUUAAAUUAAACAGUGAUCAUAUUUUAUUCAAUGCAUUAUACUCCUAAUUAUCAAAUCCAGAUCAUACUUUUAUCCUUUAAAAUGGAAAUUUCUUUAGAAAUUAAUACAUUUACUAAAAUUAACUAGUUUUAAAUCCAUAAACUAAUUAGUAAAAUUCAACUAGCUUCUUAAUUCAAAAUAUAAACAUAAAAAAUGCUUUGCUUAAUAACAUAAAUUUUUCAAAUCAUUAUGAAAUUUCUUUUAUGAAAUUAUAUAAUGCUUUUAUAGCAAAUAUUACCCAAUUUAACUGCUUUGAUGUUAUAGAUUAAACAAAUUAAAUAGAAACUACAGCUGGAUGCUUAUUAAUAAAAGAUAUCUAAAAUGCCAAUUUAAAUUAGAUUCAAGUUUAUAAUAAAACUUGUAAAGACAAUUCGCUUUUAUAAAUAACUAAUUCAUAAUACUAAAAUACAACUAUUUAAAUUUAUAAAGGUGUUUUUAGCAACUUAAAUUUGUUAUAGAGUCUCCCUAAUUCAUAGCUUAAUCCUUUAUAAAUAAUAAGCCAAUAAUAAUCAAACAUUACUAUACAGCUUUGUGAAUUUUAAUAAAACUAAUUGAGAUCUCCUAGUUCAGUUUUAAUAAAUUCAGUAACAUCGCUUUGGAUAUAAAAUGUGUUAGGAAGCACCUAUAUAAAUAACUCUAAAUUCUUAAACUCAACAAGCAACUCCCUUUAUAACUUUAUAUAUGCUCAAGCGUCAAGCCUAAUAAUUUAAAAUUGUAUCUUUGAUCAAUCUUCCUUUUAGCUUAAAGACUAGCUUGUUGAGAGUAAAAAUACAAGCAAUAUUAAUUCUCAAGGUGGAUUUAUAAGAGCUAAUGUGCUUAAUUUUAUCAUUUAAAAUGUUUCAUGUACUAAUUCUAUAAGUCUAAAAGGUUCUUUCAUCUAUACAGAAUCUUUUGGGUAAACACUAAAUAUUUCCAUCUUAAAUUCUAAUUUUUCAAACGGAUAUUCUGUAAUAGAUGGGAGUGCUUUGUAUUUUGAUAUUACUAAUUUAAAUUUUUACUUAACUUGUGAGGAAUGUAACUUUUAAAACCUAUACAACUAUUAAUAAUAAUCUUCAGCGAUUGCCUUUAACAAUAAUGUGUAAACAUAAUAAAAGAAUCUAGUUAAAUUUAGUAAAGGCAGUAUAUUAAAUAUUACAGGUUUAUAGUUUGGAUAUUUCAUAAAAGUUGUAGGAUUAUCUGUAAUUUUUGAAAGCAUCUAAAAAAUUAGUAAUUAAAACUCAUUCUAAAAUAGCUUUAAUGUAUACUAAUCUUUUAUGUCUUCUUACAAUUCAACAAUAAAAUUUGUUGAUUGCUAAGUAUCAAAUUAAAAAUAAUAAUAAUUGUAUCCGUCAUUAAUCGAUUCUUAGCUAUCUUCAGUGAUUAUUUCACAAACUAUCUUUUAAGAUUCAUUUUUUACCUAAAGUUUCAUAUCUGUUGAUUAAGGGUCUCUUCAAAUAAUUAACUCAACUUUCAAGAAUAUUUAACAGCACUAAUAUUUAAUAUAGAAUCUUAAUAGAAUGCUUUAAGUUGAAAACUAAAGCUAAAAUCCAAAUUCUUUAAUUAAAAUAAACUCCAGUACUCUUACUGUAAGAAGUGAUUCACUAUUUUAAAAUAUUGAAUGCAAUUACAUGUGUUCCGGCUCAGCUUUCCAAAUUUAAAAUUCUAAUUUUUCUAUAUAAAAGGCAGUUUUUUCUGGUUUAAAAUGUAUCCAAGGAGGAGCAAUCUAUAUUCAAAGCCCUACAUAAAUAAAUAAAAUAGAUAAUUGCCUUUUUUAUAAUAAUACUUCUAAUUAAAACGGAGGGGCUUUAGUCAUUCUUUCAUAAAUAGGAAAUACAUAUAAUAUCUAUAUACAAAGCACAUAAUUCAUAGAGAAUACAUCUUUAAAUGGAUACGGAGGUGCUCUAUACAUUUAUUCUGAAUCUUUAAAUGAUUCAAAUUAAUCUAUUUUUCUUUAGUCUACAUAAAUAACUUAAAAUAAAGCUUAAUAGGGAGGAGCUCUUUAUUCUUUUAAUAUUUAUCCUCAAAUUGAUCCACAAACAAAUAUUCAAAAUAAUCAAGCAACAAAAUGUGGAUAAGAUACUUUUUCUUUUCCAACUAAACUUUACCUUGUAAAUCAAGAAUAAUUUUUAUCUUAACAAUAAAAUUCUGAGUUAAUAAACAACAAAAUAGUAAUUAAUAAUUUUAAAAGUGGUUCGGGUUUAUAAGAACUUAGAUUCUAGAUGUAUAACGAAUAAAACGAAUUAUUUAUACCUUAAAAUAAUAUUGAUCCUUAUUAUGUAGAGGCAAAAGUUAGUAAUAAAACGAUCAAUGCUUCCAAUUUUUAUAUUAGAGGUGAAGUCUAGUAGAAAUAUGUAAUUAAUUAAGUACCAGAAUAAAGCAUCAUUAAAUUUGAUUCUUUAUAAAUAAUUGGAAUACCAGGUUCUUUAGGAAUCAUAGAAUUCUACUCAAAUUAAAUAUUUUAACUUGACCCUUCUACAAACAAAUUUAUUUAAAACUAAACAUAUGAAAUAAUAAUUUUUUUUAGAAAUUGUACUGCUGGUGAAUAUAUUAGUUAGUAUAAUAACUACUAGGAAUGUGUAAAUUGCCCAUAAGGAACUUAUUCAAUAAACCCUAAAGUGUGCUUAAAUUGUCCUGAUGGAGCAUAUUGUUAAGAAGGUAAAGGCAUAAUUUGCAAAGAAGGAUUUUGGAGAUCUGGAGAAUAUGAUGAUUAUAUAGUGAAAUGCAAGUAAUCUGCUCAGAAUUGUGUAGGUGGUAGCUAUGGAAAUAAAAUUUGUAAAAAAGGUAGUAUAGGUGCUCUAUGCUAAGAAUGUGAUAUUUAUGGUUCCUACUGGGAAAAUGAAUAAUACACUAAAGCAAAUAACUAAAAAGAUUGUGUACAUUGUUCUUAGGCAAAUGAUUAUAUCUAUAAGCUUAUAUUAAUUAACUUAUGGUCUUUAGUUUCUCUAGUAUAUACAGUUAAAAAAAAUGAGGAAAACUCUUUAAUGAGGAGAACUUCUACUAUUUUAUCAAAGUAUUUUACAAAGGAAAGAAAAAAAUAUAAAACUGAUACGAAAGAAAUACCAUAACCAUCUUAGAGGAUGAAUCCUAUGAUUUCAAAUAAAACUGGAAUAUAUAUUAAGAUAUUUAUGAAUUAUAUUUUUAUUAUAAGCUCUCUAGGAUAGCUUAACUUAGAUCUACCAAACACUUUUAUUGUAUUUCCAAGUUUAUUUGGUAGGCCUAUAAGUACAUAAGUUAGUUCUCUUGAGUGCUUUUUAGUAGAGAGCAAUAGAUAAAUCCCUAUAAUUUAUCUGAAAUUGUUGUUUUCUCUUGGCUUACCUUUCUUACAUUUUAUUUUAUUUGCUUUAUAUUUAAUUUUUGAAAAAAUUAUAUUUAGAUCAAAAUAAUUUUCAUGGCAUAAACUAACAACUUCUAUAGUGUUUAUUGUAUUUUACACUUAACCUGACUUAAUAUCUUAGAUGAUUUCACUUUCUUCUUGUGUAUAGAUUGGAGAUAACAAGUAUAUUCUGGCUAAUUUUUCUUAUUAGUGCUAUGCAGAUGAAGAAUAUUAUAAAUAUACUUAUUACCUAGUUUUUCCUUGCUUGAUAAUAUGGAUUGUAGUAUUUCCAGUUGCUUUAUUUUUAAUUUUAUUUUUAAAUAAAAAAAGAUUAUAAAAAUUAAAUUUAGAACUUAAGUAUGGGUUUAUCUAUAAAGAAUAUAAAAUUAAUGCUUAUUUCUGGGAGUUUGUAAAAAUGUUUAUCAAAAUAAUAAUCAUACUCUGUUUGAAUUUUUAUUCAUAGAGCACAUAAGUAAAAGGAAAUCUAAUUUUAGUAUCAAUUAUUUUUUAUGGUUAUUUGCUCAAAACUAUUAAACCUUAUAAAGAAGAAGAAGUAAAUCAUAUUGACUUUUUGUCUACUUUAUCAUGCUCUGUCUCAAUCUAUUUAGGACUUUUCAUUAGCGAAAUUUAGAACGAUUUUAUUUACUACUAAUAUUUAGGAUAUAUACUAAUAGGAAUUAUUAAUACAGCCUUCUUCAGUUUAGUUUUUUGGAAAAUUUUUGAACAAAAAUUUUUAAUAGUUUAAAAAAAAAUCUUAAAAAUAAUUAAAAAUAUAUUUAAAAAAUCAGAAUAGAAAGAUAAAAUAUAAAAAUAAAUCAAUAAUUUUCCUAAAUAAAGAUUUAAAAAAUAUUUUUAAACAUUUUUGGAGAGUAAUGCUGAAAUAAGAAAAAGCAGAUUAGCAUCUAUCAAAGACUAAAUUUAAUCAAAAUUUUUGGAAGAUAAAAAUUAAUCUAAGUUUUAAAAGUAUAUAAGCAAAGAUAUUUUUAAAAUUUCUAAUGAAGAAAAUGCUUUGAGUUUAAUAAUUACUCCUAAAAAUCAAACUUCUUAGGAAUUUUAAAUUGAAAAAUCUUUUUAAAAAGGUUUAAAUAACAGAACAGGUGUAAAAUAGGAUUUUAAUAAUAACCAAAGUAAAUUUAUAAAAUUGAUUUCUUAAUAUUGA